AUGAUCCAACUCUAUGGCUUUUGCUGGAAUGUUAACUGGAUGUCUUAUUUUUUUAUCUAUCCCAUCAGAACAGUAAGAUCAAAAGGAUCCAUGGGGUGUAACAUAUAUACAAAGCAUAUUGUGCUAAGUGAGAGAGAAACUAAUUCUCACUACGUGGGAGGGUCAUCAAACUCGAUUGCUAGCUGGCUAGUAAUCACCAACAGGGAAUGCAACUGUUUACAAUAAUUGAGGUGUCCCUGAUAUGACAAUAGGUUAGGAAAUUGGUGUCUCAUCUCCUCCAGGCUAUAGAGCUAGAGUAUAAAAGGCUCCUCCUUUGGGGAGUCUUUCACACUGAUCCUCUUCUGAGACAUUUCUCCCUUCAAGAACUGGUGAGUUCCAGGGGUUUUCUUUGGGAGGUUGUCAUAGAGAAGCACUCUGUGAACCUUGAGACUGGGGGGAUCUCAUUUGCUUGUGGUACUGUUGAGGUUUUCCUAUGCAACUACCCCAUGGUAGUGUAGAAUGCAUGGUUAAGGAAUGCAUGGUUAAGGAAACAAGAAAGCCAAAUGCGAACCAGAGGCCUCUGUGAUUCCUUUACUCAAAAGAAAUCCUAGUGGAGAAGAAGCUACAGUGAAGGUACAGUAGGAUAUUGAUGAGAUAAAAAACUCUCCUCAAAUUCUCAAAGGGUUUCUUCCAGAUGUUCCCUCUAAAUGUUGUGGACCCAACUGCCAUCUUCCUUGUGCAUCUGCUAUGGUGACUAUGGCAGAUUGGAAUUGGAGUCCAGAACAUCUGGAAGGAUCUAUGUCUAUGGCUGUAGAAUGAGGUGGGGACAUAGGAAGGUGAAAAAAAUACAUCAUUUCAGGAUGCAAGUAUGAGAUCAAUUUUUUGAUGGUGCCCAUGGUGUGUGUGUGUGUGUAAAAGCCUGCAUGCACAAUACCUGCACUGCAGGAAGAAAGAAGAUCUAUAGACUUUUUGCUUGAUACACUAAUGUUCUGUAUGCAGGGAGAUUUCCUGUAAAAAUUAGUACCUCCAUGUGAAGUGGCGAACCUCUUCUACCAUUUUAUCUUUCCAGCAUGUGUAGCUCUAUCAGAAGGUUGAAACUGCAUGAAAAAGUAAAUACUAGAGAUGCUCACACAAAUAAACAUAUAGAUGAACAGCUACUGAGCUGCACCAUUGGUCAAUCUACAGUAGCUCAGUAUUGUCUUCACCUUGUGACCCUCCUGAUGUAGUUGGACUCCAUUCUCAUCAGUCACACCUAAUAUGACCAUUAGUUGAGGAUGAUGGGAGUUGUGAUGCAACAACAUCUAGAAGUCAUGUCACUGGCUACCUCUGUUCUAGCCCUUGUAUAUUUGAGCUGCAGAACUGCCAGGGUACAAUAUACCGGGGCUUCAAAAACCUUGCUUACAAAACAUUGAAAUAUGCAGAUACUUAAAACUUUGAUUUAAUUCUAGUUCCAAUCCUAUGGUUUCAGAUUGCCCUCCAAUCCUGCAAAAAUGGCCAGUGGUGGUGGAUACAACCAGUGCUAUGCCCAGUGUCCUGCAUCUACAGUGACCAUCCAGCCACCACCUUUCGUCCUGAACAUCCCAGGGCCUGCACUCUACUGCCCAGACCAGCCUCUAGCCAUUGAGCAGUACAACCCCUGUGCCCGAGGUGGCUAUGGAGGUGGCUAUGGUGGUGCCAGCGCUCUGUAUGCCAACGACUUCUCCAACUUCUACACUCGGGCCCUGCCAAGCAGCAACUACAGCUACACCAGCUAUCGGUAUUAAAACUGUGGGAGAAUGAGAACAAACCAGAAGACGUAAUAGAGAUCCAGAAAUGUCAUUGUUUACGAAACAAUUGAGCUUCCGCUGUGUCUAAUUGUUAUUUGCAGUUAGAAAAGGGGGGCUAGGCUAGUCCUGUUGGGAUACAACAUUUGCUAUCAGACUUUAAUUUCGCCUUGGGAGAUUUUCAUGGGGAAAGCUGUUUGUGUACAGGAAUGCCCUUUGUUUUGCAAAAGUGCCUUUGUGGAAUGUGCUGUUUCUUGUCUUUGUUCAUAUUAAAAUAUAAUUAAUAUUGCAUCUU